UUCAGUUCUGAUUUAAUUGUUUGGCGCAUUUCUUCUACUCAUUGAGACCCUGAAUUUGAUUCAUUACCCACUUCUUCUACUCAUGGAUAGCCUGAAAUUGUAAAUAGAGGGAAACCGGGGUGGUACUACUUGGCGCUAUUCCAAUGUGUGUUGAAUGAAAUUUCACUCAUCCAUGCAAUAGCGCUGGAUUGAAUCGCCUCUCGACAUUGUUUUUUGAAAGAUUUUUUGCUUCUGGAUCUGUAUUUUUAGAGGCUUCUUCUAAGCUCUAAAGUUAGGAGGAAAAGGCAAAAGGCUGGUUUAGGCUUUAAUUUCUGUGCUGAAUUUGUUUUUAAUUUCAUGGAUUGAAUCCGUUCUGUUAUAAUUCAAGCGUUGAAGAGCUCUGGAAAUAAUGUAGCUCCCCUACCUUUGGUUUGCAGAUUUGCCCUUUACAGAAAAGUUAGAUUAAAUUGGAGGCAGACAGGCAUCGAGUUGGUCUGGGAUAUCGUAUAGAUUUUGGCUUUUGAUGUGAGUUGACAAUUCUAUGAUGAAGGCUUCUAUCGUUGUGUGCAAUGAAACAAUUUCAAAUUAAUAUGAUUUAGAGACAAUCCAUCGGUGAAUAUUUAGAUGCAUUGCAUGUGUUUUCUGGAAAUUGUGUUUUCCCUGUAAAUUGCAUGUGUGGACAUGUAAUUCAUGGGAGGCUGUUUUCGUUCAGGGAAGUUGCAGUGAAGUCUUGUUUAGGUAAAAAGAAGACAAAAAAGAGCAGCAGAGGGAGGGAGAAAGCAAUGGCAGGAACUGAUUUCCAGCAGAAACUGGCUCUAUUGGAGCCUGCUGUAGAAGAUAUCUGCAAUCUCAUAAAAAUAGAUGAGUAUUGUGAGAAUACAGUAUCGAAAGAAACCCAUAUUCCUCCCAAAGAGAACAUAGAGGUUAUUGUUGAUAUGGUUGAUAUAACAGAGUCGCUUGCACAAGAUAAAACUGAUGCGCUUUCUCCUGCUGCCAUUCCUGCCAUCAUUUUCCCGGUAUGUAAAAUUGGCGAAGAUUCACCGAAAAGCUUUGCUAAGAUGGGUGCCUUCAGUGCAGAAUCUCCUGCAAGCUUUGCCAAAAAGGGUGAGUUAAGGAAUGAUAAAGAAGCUUCUUCCACGUCUUCUUGCCAGAGCAAUAUCACAGGUUUUGAAGCUGGUUAUUUACAUAAGCUGGCAAGUGAAGUUGAGAGUUUAGAAAAAGGUUGGGACCUUUCCAGGGAUCAUGUGAAGGUGGUAGAGGAAAAGACCCAAAUGCAUACAUUGAAGGGUGCAGAGAGAUAUGACCGGAUCAAUCAAUUCCUCGAGGAAAAUGAUCCUAGUGAGAAAGAUGACAUAUACUGUCCAUCUUCUGCCUCCUUCCAGAAAAUGAGCGAAGAGUACCCCUUAGAGGACAAAGAAAUGGAAGAUACUGGACAGACUGAGAAACAAGCAGAGAUGAAAUUUUCACAUUAUAUUUUACAAUCUCAGAAACUCAAAGCAAAUGGUGGAGAACUUUAUCAGAAUUGCAGUGUCGCAGAAACUAGUCAAUUAGGUUUCACUGGGGUCCCAAGGCGACGUGGAAGGGGAAGACCGAGAAAGAUGGAAAAUAGAGUUCCGGCAGAAGGAAUUUUUGAGGAUGAAGAAAUGGGAGUUAUGGGACAAAAUGAGAAUGAAAAACGGGAAAGCUUUUCAUAUUCUAGUUUACAGGCUCUAAAACGCAAAGAAAAUGGUGGGGUUAGCCAGAAGUGCACUGAGCUUCCUAGGAAGCGGAGCAGAGGAAGACCAAGAAAAGUAGAAAAUAUUUUUCUCACAGACGGAAUUUGCAAACAGGCUACCUAUUCUAUUGAUAAGUUGUUGAAAGAUGAUACAUCUGCCAUAGAUAAGCCCUUAAAAGAGAAUUUAAGUUUGUCUCAGGUACCCACAAGCAGUACGAAGCUACUUUCAACAGGUCUGCUGGAAGGAUAUUCUGUUCAAUAUUUUUACCGCAAUGAAACACUCUAUGGAACAAUUGUAGAAGAAGGAAUUUUGUGCCAAUGCAGAACAUGCAAAGGGAAAAAGGUUGUGAACCUUACCAGCUUUGAGAAGCAUGCUGGUAGUGUAGCAAAGCGCCCCAGUGACUACAUAUGUUUCGAAAAUGGGACAUCUUUUACUCAGCUGGUGAGGCUUGUCAGUAAUGCUCCAUUGCAUAAGAUUCCAGAUGUUAUAAAGUCUACUCUAGGGAUUGUGUCAACGAAAAGUAUCCAUUCAAAUGGACAGUCUGAAGAAUAUGCCAAUUUUUCAAGUCAACUGCAGCUCCAUCAGGCACCCUUAAAGUGUGAUUUGGGUUCAUCCACACAUAAAACGAUACAAGAAAGAGCCAUUGCAAAGGGAAGGACUUCACUAUCAAAAUUGAGAGAAUCUGAUGAUCAAUGGGAUCAUGUCAAGAAAAGAAAAAGAGGACGGCCUCCUUCCACCAUCUUGGGUAGCAUGUCUGAUCGUCCAAAGAGAGCAAGGGAAACAAGUUUGCAUAAGUUAAUUUUUAUGCCAGGCAGUGGCAUACCCAAAGGAACACUUUUGUCUUAUUAUAUCAAAGGACAGCAUUUUCUUGACGGAUUUAAGCAAGACUUUGGUAUACUCUGUGGCUGUUGCAAUGAAGUGGUCAGUUGUUCACUGUUUGAAGCACAUGCUGGUUGGGGAUCAAGGAAAUCACCUUAUAAGCACAUCUAUCUUUCUGAUGGUCGGACUCUUCAUGAAGUUGCACUUUCAAUUGCAAAUGAGACAAGAAUUUCUGAAAAAGAAAGCCCUAAUUGCAAUGAGGAUUUCUGUGCAAUCUGUGGGGAUGGUGGUCUUCUCCUUUGCUGUGAUGGUUGUCCCAAAGCUUAUCACAAAGAGUGUUUAGGGAUCCGCCAUGAACCUGUUUCUAGGUAUUGGUUUUGCCGUUCAAAUCGGGGAUGUUCUUUGACUGGAGAGAACAUAUCAGAGAAAGGUAGCUACAAAGUUUCUAGAAAGGUUGGACACACUGCAUUAAGGGGAAGACCACCAAAACGUGUGUCACGUGUGGUUAACAAAGCAGCAGACAGCAAUUAUAAUGGAUGUGUUCUGUGUAGGCAUGAAGAAUUUACCAAGUAUGGUUUUGAUGAUAGGACCAUCUUAUUUUGUGACCAAUGUGAGAAGGAGUUCCAUGUUGGUUGUUUACGCUAUCAUGGUAUUGCCGACUUAAAGGAGUUGCCAAAUGGCAAUUGGUUCUGUUCGAAUGAUUGUAGUGAAAUUCAUGAAGGACUGCAAAAACACGUAGCCUUUGGAUCACAAUGCUUGCCAAGAUUGCUAUCUGAAUCAUUAGUGAAGAAGGUUGAGAAUGAUGUCAAUCAGGGUUUGCAGGAUGAAAUAAAAUGGCAAAUUUUGCACGGGAAGACAACAGAUAUUGAUGGCAAAGACUUGCUCUUAGAAGCUGAAGCUAUAUUCCAUGACCGCUUUGAGUCUAUAGUUGAUCCUAGUACUGGUCGAGAUUUAAUCCCUUUGAUGCUUUACAGCAAAAGUAUGAGAGAUCGGGAUUUUGGAGGAAUGUAUUCUGCAGUUUUGACAAUAAACUCAGAAGUUGUUUCAGCUGCUGUUUUCCGUGUAUUUGGAAAACAGAUUGCAGAGUUACCUCUUGUUGCAACAAGGGCUAACAAUGAAGGACAGGGCUAUUUUCAGGCAUUGUUUUCAUGUAUUGAAGAAGUAUUUUGCUCUUUGAAUAUUAAGCAUAUUGUGCUGCCUGCUGCCGAAGAAGCUGAGUCUUUCUGGAUAAACAAAAUUGGGUUUCUAAAAAUGUCGAUAGAUCAGUUUAAUGAAAGAAGUAAAGAUGUGCAAGUCAUGGCCUUCAAAGGUGCUUCAAUGUUGGAGAAGGAACUUGCACAAAUCUCCAAAAAUGGAGAGAAUAGAUAGAACUUUUGUGCAACUGUACAUUAUUUUCAAGGCUUGAGGUGUAUAUAAGCCUUCUUGCUAGGCAAUUUUGUUUGAAUUCUUUAGACCCUGCAGCAAUGGGGACCAUUAUAACAGCUUUGUGCAUGUAUAUUUUUAACAUACACAUGGGAGAGUCUGUUGUGGUUUUAUUGGUAGUUAUCUCCCUUUGAAAUAUUAGAUUAUGAUCAGCCUUAAAGUUAAGAACACAUAAUAUUUCUUCUAGGCGAUGAGCUAUUAGCUGCAUAUUGCAGGGAUCAACUAUACUUUUCUUUUUCACUAAACAAUUCAGGUGUUAUAAUGUAAAGUUGACUUUUAAGCAGUCUGAUUGCCAAUGCAUCAUUCUGCUAGUUUUUUUUGACCCCCAUCCGAUUUUGUGCAGGCUGGGGUACACUGGCCACAGAGCCUAUCUCUUUGUACAUCAGAAUUUUGUACACCUAUUCUUCAUAUAGAACGUUAUCUGUAUACAAUUUU